AAAGAGCGGAGAGGGCUUUUCCUGCUCAAGUGAACACAUCGGCCAUUGGAGGAUAAGUUGGAGAUAUCCAAGCUAAAGGCAGCUAGUAAAAAAGGAGACACUCCCGUGUAAAUAAAUAUCGCUGUCUGCUGGACCUGUGUGUCCCUAUGCUUUCUUACAGCGAAGUCGUUUGAGAGAGUCGGCGUGUUUGCUGCGCCAGGUGUCGGGCCACGGAGUGUGGGGAAAAUGCCAUCUUUUUCAUGGAGGGUUUGGCCCGCACUUGUGUUGCUUCUGUUCCCUUGCAAUGUGGCCGCCGACGAGUCGUCACUACUGGAAGGCUGGCGCGAUGUCUGGCUCUUUCGCUUCCUGGUCAACAUGCUGGGAUACUCCUCCAUCAUCAUCCCAGGCUACUUCCUUAUUAGCUACUUCAAGCGUACCAAUUACCUAGACACAGGCAGUGGGAUUUGCUACCCUGUCAUAAAGUCUUGUGUGUUUGGCAGCGAGGCCAAAUCAGGUCUGUUGGAUGACGUGUCAGUCGCGCCCAGAAACGAGGGUAAUUCAGGGUCAUCAGUCAGACAAGUCAUCAAAUUGAUAUUCUGCGCAGCCGGACUUCAGGCAUCCUACCUGACAUGGGGAGUCCUUCAGGAGCGUGUAAUGACCCGUUCAUACGGAUCCGAGACUCCAGAAGAGGAGGGUGAGAAAUUCAAGGACUCUCAGUUCUUGGUCUUCAUGAACCGUAUCCUUGCUCUGACUGUGUCUGGCCUGUGGUGCAUCAUGUUCAAACAGCCUAGCCAUGGAGCACCCAUGUACAAGUACUCUUUCGCCUCACUUUCCAACAUCCUGAGCAGCUGGUGCCAGUACGAGGCGCUCAAAUACAUCAGCUUCCCCACUCAAGUCUUGGCCAAGGCCUCCAAAGUCAUUCCCGUCAUGCUCAUGGGAAAAAUUGUGUCCCACAAGAGCUACGAAUAUUGGGAGUACUUCACAGCCGUGCUGAUCUCUGUAGGUGUCAGCAUGUUCCUGCUGUCCAGUGCACCCAGCAAGCACCCGUCCACUGUCACCACCUUCAGUGGGAUCAUCAUCCUCAUCGGCUACAUCGUCUUUGACAGCUUCACCUCCAACUGGCAGGAUAACCUGUUCAAGUACAAGAUGUCGUCGGUGCAGAUGAUGUUUGGGGUCAACCUGUUCUCCUGCCUCUUCACGGUGGGCUCGUUGCUGGAGCAGGGUGCCUUCUUCGACUCAUUGGCCUUCAUGACACGCCACUCUGAGUUUGCCUUUCAUGCUGUAUUGCUGUCAGUGUGCUCCGCGUGCGGCCAGCUCUUCAUCUUCUACACUAUCAACCAGUUUGGAGCAGCAGUCUUCACCAUCAUCAUGACUUUGCGGCAGGCCAUUGCCAUCCUCCUGUCAUGCUUCCUCUACGGUCACGCCGUCACCGUAGUAGGUGGAUUUGGUGUUGGUGUAGUUUUCUUGGCACUUUUCUUACGGGUGUACGCCCGUAGCCGCAUGAAGUCAGGCCGACGGUUAGCACAGUCAAUGGGGCAGAAGGUGUAGCCCUGCAGGUCACACCAAACUGAGAACUGAGGCCACGUUUUCUGUGGUGCUUUUAUGUCUUAUUUGUGUCCGUUUUUUGAACAGUUCUUUUCCUUUGGUUUAAUUUUUUGUCAUCUAAGGUACAGAAAGGGAUUCUGCAGUUUUGACUCUUACAUGAAGAUGCCCCUAAGGGGUCCAAUGUGAUUUGUCAGGUCAGAAGUCACAGAAGCUUUGAGUGCCUGUAAGAUUGUCUGUUACACAAAUCCCAAACCAUAAAGUGUGCAAAUGCCUCCUCACUUCUCUCAGAAUGGUGGACUCUUUAUUUUUCUUGAACCACCGUAUGUGGCUUGUGCAGCCAGUUAAACGGUACCGCUACCUUAGAAAAUGUACGUGAGCUGUAUGGAAUCAAAGUUGGGUUCAUUACAUUGACCCUCACUUAUCUUUAGCCAGACGAUUCAACCGUCACCUCCUGUAAAGACAACACUUUCUAUCCUUUGUGGAACCUUCAGUCAUAACGCUUAUCUCACAGUCCUCCAUGUUGGAGAGCAGGGGCCAUUAUGUGUCUUAAUGUGGGAAUUAAUCUUGUAAAGCUGUAUAAAAAGCUUGAACACAUGGUGCAUAUAUUUCUUUUUAGUUAAAGGUAUAUUAACAUGAUCCCAAGGCUGACAUCUUAAAUAGAUGAAAGCACGGGUGAAAAGUAUGUGAAAUAAAACAAGCACUACUUACAAAUGAUGUAACUCUGGCCCCACAUCACUGAAGCAGAUGCUGCUGUUGGUACUUUUUGCAUCACAAUAUUUGAAGUCUCAGCACAGAUACUUUACUGAUAUGUGUAAAAAUAAGGCGAGAAGGUCCUGUAAAUAAUCUGUAAGUCAUGUUUAUUUUCAACCAACUCGUCUGUUUGUUGUGUACUUUUAUAAAAGGUCUGCUUCAUGUGUUUUACUGUUACAUAUGAAUGUUUGAACGAUUACUGAAUGGAUGAUUACUUCCAUCACUGGGAUGUGAAGAGGGGAGGGGGGUUUGCAGAUCCAAAUGCUUACAAGGGAAAUGCAAUGUUACUGAUAUCUUGUUUUUAUCAUUCUACUAUUUCCUCUGUUAACUGGAUUAAUAAUAAAACAUAUUAAAUUAACUUCA